CUGCACCAGCUGUGCUGGACAGUGGAAGUACCGCGCGGCAGGCAGUGUUUGUGCGCCAUGAAGCCUCCCUUGCUCCUCGGACUCUUGGCUUUCUCAGUUACCUUCUCGCAGGAUACCGUCCCAGAGGAGCCUGUGGAUGUAUUGGCAGCACUUGGAGUGACAGUAGAGCAGACCGGGGACCGAGUGAUCCUGGUGGAGGGGCGCUGCGGGGGGCCCGCCUACAGACUAGCGGAGGAGCAGGGUCCCAUGGGCGUCAACACCAGGCAGCUCUUCCCCACCGCAUUCCCACGGGACUUCUCACUGAUAACUUCUUUGCGGUUGGCACCUAACACUUCCUCGGCCACAUUGCUUGCUCUCUACAGUGAUACCGGGACUGAGCAGCUGGUGUUCACGGUAGGCGAUAUCGUCACUCUCUACUACCAGGACAGCGACAGCGACAGCGAACAAGAUUCCAUUAACAGCUUCAACGUUACCUUUGAUGUGAACAUUAACGAUAACACGUGGCACCGCCUUGGCCUCAGUGUGAAGGGCGAUUCAGCCACUCUGCUCGUAGACUGUGAGCUGACAUUCAGUCAACCACUCCCCAGGAACCCUUCAGGAAUCAUCAACAUUGACGGCGUCCUCUUCUAUGGCCAGCAAAUCCUGGAUGAAACUUACUACCAGGGUGAUGUGGAACUGCUGAUGAUAGGACCAGUCCCCGACUCGGCAUAUACCCUCUGUGACAGGGAGGCCCGGGACUGUGACGAUACCGACUUUGAUGACUCUGAUGAUACCGAUGAUACCGAUGAUACAUAUGGUACAAGAGAAGACUAUGGAGAGAAUGGCAUUGUCACUGAGAGUACAUCACUUGCAGUUUCUUCUGUUGAGGAUAACUAUGGCUACAGUGAGGAAGUAGGCAGCGUCUCCGCGGGAGUCAAUUACGCAGUGGGUCCCCCAGGACCUAGGGGAUACACAGGUCCACCUGGGCCCCCAGGACUGCCAGGUGCCAAGGGAGAUCCGGGCCGGGAUGGUCUAGCUGGAAUGGGAGGUAUACCGGGUCCUCCAGGAAACGUCUUUAUGAUUCCUCUAAACGCCCAGGGCAAUGAGAAGGGGCCAGACUCGCUCUCUGACAUGGUGCGACAAAUGUUCUCUCAACAUGUGAUGGCUCUGCGAGGCAGCGAAGGUCCAAUGGGACUGACAGGAGUGCCAGGACCUGAAGGACCUCCUGGACCAGAAGGACCGAAGGGAGAAACAGGAGAUAGUGGUGAACCUGGCCAGAGAGGUGAGAGGGGACCGACCGGACUGACAGGGAGAGAAGGUAGGAGAGGACAGCCUGGCCGUGACGGUGGGAGAGGGCAGACAGGACCGCCUGGCACAAAGGGUGAACAGGGACCUAUGGGGCUGCCUGGUCUUCCUGGUGAGAAGGGUGAGAGGGGGUUGCCAGGGGCUGAGGGGUCCAUGGGUCUGCAGGGCCAUGACGGGAUGCAAGGAGAGGAAGGUCCUCAAGGACUACCAGGACUUCCUGGAGAAAUGGGAGCCAGAGGUUUUACCGGUCCCAGAGGUUUUCCAGGGAUGCCAGGACCACCAGGGAUUCCAGGAACAGAAGGACCUACCGGGCCCAAGGGUAACACAGGACCUACUGGGCAGCCUGGAUCACCAGGACAACCAGGCCCUCUGGGACCAAUCGGACCUCCAGGACCCUCCGGACAACUGGGACCACCAGGACCAGCAGGCCCAAUGGGCAAACCAGGACUUCCAGGUUUACCCGGGGCAGACGGAGCUCCCGGACUUCCAGGGAAUCCUGGUAUUGUGGGAGCUAAAGGAGACUUGGGGCCAGCUGGAGUACAAGGGCCUAUAGGCUUCCCGGGAAAUAGAGGAGUGAAAGGAGAUGAAGGGAAGCGUGGAUUAGCUGGAGAAAAGGGGGAAAAGGGAGAUAAAGGAAUGGAAGGGGAGAAAGGGGAUUUUGGAAGCAAAGGAGAGCCAGGGCCAGUUGGACCAUCAGGGCUUCCAGGCUUAGAGGGUCCUGAAGGGCCCAAGGGCUCUGAGGGACCCAGAGGGGAGACUGGUCCACCAGGCUUCACUGGAGAGAAAGGCAAGAUAGGUCAGCCUGGAUUCCCUGGGUAUCCUGGAGGUCCAGGAGACAAAGGAGACAAGGGUUUUGCUGGUAAACCUGGACAACGUGGAGAUAAAGGAGACAGAGGGAUUCCUGGACAUCACGGGGAGAGAGGAGAGUCUGGUCCUAGGGGAUUCAGAGGAUCCAGAGGACGAAUGGGAAUGGAGGGCAUUACGGGACCUAAGGGUGACACAGGUCAGCCUGGACCUCCUGGUCCCCAAGGAGAUAGAGGCCCUCAGGGUAUAGAAGGACCUCGAGGUUUCAUCGGUCCUGCAGGCUCUCCAGGUGCCAAUGGAAAGGAUGGAGUUCCUGGUCAACCAGGGGAGAGAGGCCCUCCUGGAGAGCCUGGGCCGAUAGGACCUGCAGGAGCACCAGGAGUGGUGGGACCACAAGGCCCAACAGGAGAGCCAGGACCUGUAGGGGAAGCUGGGACGCCUGGUAGUCCUGGAGCCCCGGGAGACACUGGACAUCCCGGGGACAGUGGCAAGGAGGGGCCACCUGGACCUCCAGGGGAAACUGGCAAACCUGGACCACCUGGCAGUCCAGGACUUCAGGGCUUUCCUGGAGAGAGAGGCCAGGCAGGAAACCCAGGUAUUACAGGUUUGAAAGGAGAGAUGGGUCCUCCAGGCCCACCCGGCCAUGUUGGAGAGAAAGGACAGCUUGGAGAGCCAGGAAAAGAAGGAUCCCCAGGACCAGAAGGUCGCCAAGGACCCCAAGGUUCUCCAGGACCAAGUGGAAGCAAAGGUGACAGAGGAGAGCCUGGUAUACCUGGGUCGAUGGGGAGAGACGGUUUACCAGGACAGAGAGGACUGACAGGACCUGCAGGACCCAUGGGGCCACCUGGAGAAGACGGGGACAAAGGAGAGAUGGGGCAUCCAGGAGAAAAAGGAUUCAAAGGAUCUCAGGGUGAAAUGGGCCCAGCAGGAACUCAGGGACCUCAAGGAGUACGGGGAGAGCCAGGGAGUUUGGGACCUUCGGGAGAGAAAGGUUUACAAGGAGAGAUAGGCAGACAAGGAGUUAAAGGAGAAGAUGGGCCUCAGGGAGUUGUGGGGCCUGCAGGACCUCCAGGACCCCAGGGAUUACCAGGUCCACCAGGUGUUAAGGGAGAGAUGGGAGAUCUAGGGCCUAAAGGUCCAGCAGGACCAGCUGGUUCACCUGGAGAACCUGGACCCAGAGGGGCUAAGGGUGUUGAAGGCAUCCAGGGGGCCCUUGGACCUGAAGGACCUCAGGGUAAGAAAGGAGAAGCUGGAGAACCAGGGCCUCCUGGGCCUCCUGGAAAUGAUGGAAAACAUGGUGACCGAGGACCCCAAGGCCAAAAAGGAGAUGAGGGUAAGCCUGGUAUCCAAGGACCCCCAGGACCACGUGGGAGUGUAGGGCCAGAGGGGGCUAAGGGAAGUGCAGGUCCUCCAGGAUUUCCUGGGAGCCCAGGAGAGCCAGGGCUGCAGGGACCCAAAGGAGUCCAGGGGUUGGAGGGAGAAGAUGGGAAACCAGGAGAGCCAGGACCUCCAGGAGAGACUGGCCCUCCAGGCAAGAUGGGACUCACGGGACCUCCAGGGAAGGUGGGUGUAGACGGUCCAGCUGGCUUUCAGGGCAAUACUGGGUUGCCAGGUGAUAAAGGGGACAAGGGGAGUCCUGGUCCUCCAGGGUUAACUGGUCCUGUAGGAUCGGAAGGACAGCCCGGGCCCCCAGGCUCACCAGGUCCUAGGGGAUCUCCAGGACCAGCAGGAGACGCAGGAGUGCCAGGAAAGGCAGGGACAGAUGGGCCUCCAGGUAAGACAGGGGACUCUGGACCAAGGGGACAGAAAGGAGACAGAGGCCGAAGGGGAAUGAAAGGCCACAGGGGAGAGGCUGGCAUGCAAGGACUGAAGGGAGAUCUGGGGGAUAAAGGAGACAAAGGUGGCAGAGGAAUGGUUGGACCAGAUGGUCCUAAAGGAGACCAGGGUCCUACAGGUCCAAUGGGGAUGAAGGGAAAUGAGGGCAUUCCAGGGCCUGUUGGACCAGAUGGUCCCUCCGGACCCAAGGGUUCAGAGGGGAUAGGAGGCAAGAAGGGGGAGCAGGGCCCCCCUGGACCACCUGGGCCUCCCGGACCUCCUGCAGAGAUGCCUCUGUUACCACCAGAACUGUUAUUUGGAGAAGGUUCUGCCAGUCGGUUCAGAAGAGAAGCGGGUUUAGCAGACAAAGAAGCUUCUCCAGGAAGGUUUAAGAAGAGGAAAUUUGAGAGGAAGGUUGAAGAACACAAUGAUGCUGGACCACAGUUUAUUGAUAUCUACAGCUCUAUAUAUGCAAUGAGACAAGAUUUGGAGCGUGUACGUAAACCUGUCGGCACCAGGGAGAACCCAGGUCGAACUUGCAAGGACUUGUUCUAUGGCCAUCCGCAGUUCACUAGUGGUUGGUACUGGAUUGAUCCCAACCUAGGAAUGUCAGAUGACGCCAUCUACGUGUUCUGUGACAUGUCAGCUGGUGGGGAGACAUGUAUCUUUCCCGACGUUCACUCUAGUCAGAUGCCAAACAUCCCGUGGCGCAAAGACAGAGACGAGAGCGGAUGGUACUCCACACUACGUGGCGGCUUCCGGAUCACAUACGAAACAACAGGAGUGGUACAGAUGACAUUCCUUCGCCUGCUGCACGAGACUGCAUACCAGAACUUCACAUACACCUGUAUUAACAGUGCAGCUUGGCUGGAUAUGACUACUGGCGGCUACGACAAGGCACUGCGGCUGCUGGUUGACAACGACCAAGAGUUCUCCCACGACUCUCUCCCUCCAAAUAUCAUUAUCGAUGGCUGCAAGACAAGAAAAUCCAAAAGUGAAACUGUGUUUGAAGUGCGGACUAGAAACCUUGACCAAGUGCCGAUAGUUGACUUUUAUCCGGUGGACUACGGUCUUCCUCAUCAAGCUUUUGGAUUUCUUGUGGGUCCAGUGUGCUAUAAAUAGUAACAUCAAUCGCUUGAUAAUUUAUGUAUUUAAAUUUAAUUGGAACUGCCAAUUUAAAACAAACACUGCCAAUGAUGUAUCUUAAGGAAUAUUUGAAAUUGUAUUUAUGAUUACAUUAAACUAUUUUUUAACAUUUGAUAUUGAAAGCAAGUAAGUAUUAAAAUUGGGAAACUCUAAUGUAAAUAUGCAAAUUUCAAUAGAUUUAAAGAUUUAAA